AUGUGGAAGUAUGGUGAAUUGCUCGAUGCGUUCGAAGCAGGGUACAAGAACAAGGCGUACCAGGUGCGAACAUGCAAGGAAUGGGACGAUCUUUUGAGGGAAAAGACUCUUAACGAAGCCUCGUGUGCCCAGAUCAUAGAGAUAUUUCUGGAUGAGUCAGAUGCCCCAGAAGCAUUGAAGGCGCUUGGUAAAAUGAUUGACCAGAAGAACGCUAAGAAAUAA